UGUGCUGUAGUACCACAAGAAUGGAAAUAGAUCCAUGUGAUGAGGUGAUUGGAAGACAUUCCUGGAUUCACUGCACUAUUCCUAGCUGUAAUCCCAGUCCUAAUUGCCACAGAUCUACCAAUUUGGCAUAAAAAAAUCAGUCCCAUUUCCUUAAUUCUUCUUUCCAUUCCUGUUUUCGUCUUGUACUCGAUUUUCUUUUAUCCUUUUUGGUUCUUUCUGUGCUUUGCUUGCCAUCUCAUUCCUCUAGCCAGACCAGAAGAAUCUAACACAGGAGCAACUUGAAGGAGAAGUAGAGAAAGAGGAGAGCAGAGAGGGGAAAGAGAAAGGGCAAAUGGGGUGAGAGUGGAUGGAAAAGCAGCUGGAUCUUUCAGCACAGCUGCUUGUUGAGUCCAAAAGAUAAAUCUUUUUCUCGGUGUCAGCGUGUUGUUCCCAGAAGACCCACUUUUAACGUUCCGAAUGGUUCGAUUGACUUGUAGUUGGCAGGAAAUGUGAUAUUGUGGUUUCUCUUUGGCGAUCGUUUCAUCUUUCAGGUUUUUGGCUUCAUUUCUCAGUUCGACGAGGACCGCCGUCGAAAGAUUUUUCGUGAUAUAUGCGUAGUUUCCCAUGAAUCAAUGUCUACCAAGUUGCAGUAGAACAUCAUGAUCGUGGUGUAGAUUUUGCGGUAGAAGUUGGGUUUUGGAUUGUCCUGGAAGGUUAAUCGCUACUCUCUUGUCAUCAAGGAUGUGGCUGGUGUUAAUGGAUCACAUGUAGCAUCAAUUUUUCUGGAUCUGUUAUGUGAUUGAAGAGCUCUUGAUCUGUGUUUUGGCCCGAAAACAGUGUCUUUUGGGAUAGAAGCAGAUACUAGUGGCAUUUUAAUCUAAAAUCAUGGCAACACUAUCUCAUGCUGAAUCUAGACGCUUGUAUUCAUGGUGGUGGGACAGUCAUAUCAGCCCGAAGCAGUCUAAAUGGCUUCAGGAUAAUCUCACUGAUAUGGACAACAAGAUCAAAGCAAUGAUCAGGCUCAUUGAAGAAGAUGCUGAUUCCUUUGCAAAAAGAGCAGAAAUGUAUUACAAAAAACGUCCUGAGCUUAUAAAACUUGUGGAGGAAUUUUACCGAGCAUACCGUGCUUUAGCAGAAAGAUACGAUCAUGCAACCGGGGCACUUCAUCAGGCUCGCCGAACUAUAGCAGAAGCUUUUCCUGAUGAAAUCCCACUUGAAUUCUGUGAUGAGCCUCCAUAUGGAUGUCCUGUAUCUGAUUCAGGGAUGGAUAAUCCUGAAACGUCUGAGGAAAGCUUUAACAGAGAUGGAUUACAGCAUGAUGUUUUCGGCUUGCCUGGUGAAGUGAUGAAAUUGAAUGAGGUUUAUUCUGGUGAAACUGAGGUAACAUCAACCGAAGCUUGUUUGAAGCAGUUGAAUGAAACAUUUGUAACGAAUACAAAUAGUGCAAAUUUUGCUGGAGGGAGGGAAGGAAAAAGUUCAGAAUAUAAAUUACUUCAGAAAGAAAUUUCCAGGUUAUUUAAUGAAAACCAGGAUCUGAAGAAGCAAGUCACUUCAGAAUCAGCACGUGCUGAAAAAAAUGAAAACAAUGUUCAACUCCUAAAAGAGAUGUGCUUUAAGGUAAAAUCUGAAAAAGAAGAUGCCCUGACUCGAUACGAAGAAUCCCUGGCGAAGGUGUCUCACCUGGAAGAUGAAACCUCAUGCACCAAAGCAGACCUUAAGAAGCUUAAUGAUGAGAUGCUUACAGCAGCUUCAUGUUUGAACAUUGCUGAAGAGCGAAAUCUUGUAUUGGAGACGGCUAAUCUAUCUUUACAGUUGGAACAUGACAUUCUAAAUCAGAAGAUAAUAGCACAACAGGAGGAGCUUAACAAGAAGGGACAGGAGCUGGAGAUUCUCCACAUCUCUUUACAAGAUGAACAACAAAGAAAUGUGAACGCCGAAAUGACUUGCCAGUCUAUCGAGAAGCGACAUACCAGAUCUGAGGAAGAGAUGAGGCAUCUGAAACUGGAGAAUAAAAGUGGAGCUGAAAAGCUCAAGAAUGUGGAGGAAGAACUCCAGAUGAUUAGGGAGGAAAAUGACAGGCUGAAUGAACAGAAGCUCUCAUCUGCUCUGAAGAUAAUGGAUCUUCAGGAUGAGAUUAUUUCCCUGAUUGAUAUGAAAAGGAAACUUGAAGAUGAAGCUGAUCUCCAUAUAGAGGAAAAGGAAGCUCUUCAGGUGGAGCUAUGUCGUCUAAAAAAAGACAGAAAUGAUUUGGAACAGAAGUACAACACACUGAUAGAGGAAAUACAAGCAAUCAAUUUAUGUGUAGAAUCCCUUCAGUCAUUGAUAAAGGACUUAAGAAAGAGAAAUCUUGACUUGAAAGAGGCAAUAAAAAAAACUGAAGAUGAAAGAACUCUUUAUCUAGACAAGCUAAACCAUAUGCAAACAAUGACAAAGGAGAAUGCUGUCCUGGAAGCUUCGCUGUUGGAUGCAAAUGGUGAACUAGAAAGAUUAAGAAUAAAAAUAACAGAAUUAGAAGAAUCCUCUGACCAUCUCAGGCACAUGUUUUCUGUCCAUCAAGCUGAAAAGGCUGCACUUAUCUCCCACAUGGAGAUUGCUGCUCAAAAUAUGGAGAAACUUUUAAAGAAAAAUACGUUCUUGGAGAACACCCUAUCUGAUAUGAACAUUGAACUAGAAGUUUUGAGAGAAAAUUUGAAAAAUGUGGAAGUUUCCUGCAAAUCACUUCAUGAUGAAAAAUCUUGUCUUCUUUCUGAAAAAACUACUCUCAUAUCUCAGUUGCAGAGCAUUCAACAGAGUCUGGAGAACUUGGAUGGCAGGUACCGUGACUUAGAGAACAGAAGCUUGACUCUAGAUAUGGAGAAAGAUUCAAGACUUGAUUGUGUGGCAGAGCUGCAGGAGUUAUUGCAACUAGAAAAGGAAGAACACAGUACCCUUAUUCAAUCCAGCGCUAGUCAGCUGAGUAUGUUGGCAAAUUUGAUAUAUGUUCUUCGGGAAGAAGGUCAGGAGCGGGAGGAGGAUUUUGAAAAGGAAAACUACAAAAUUAUGAAUGCUCAGAUUGAGAUUUUCAUCUUGCAAAGGUGUUUGUGUGAUAUGAAAGAGGAGAGUUUGAUUCUUUCAGUAGGAUCUCAGAAACAUCAAGAGGCAUUAAGAUGUGCAGAAAAACAUAUUCUGGAACUUGAGCAGAAAUGCCUGACUCAAGAGAAAAAGAUAAAAUCUUUUACAAUGCAUAAUGAGAAACUUAGGGAAUGGUUUCAUCUGAUUGCAAAAUCACUUAAGAUCAAUCUGCGGUACAUUUCAUUAGAUGCUAUCAAAGAUGAAGGACUUCUACAACUUGUUUUCGAUGAAAUUAGACAGAUGCUGCACACUAUUUCUGAGGCCCAGGAUGAAAAGCAACAUCUGCUUCUUGAAAAAUCAGUUGUGUUCACCCUUCUUGAGCAGCUAGGGAAGUACGUUGCAGACCUGAGGGCCGAAAAGACUUUACUUGAUAGAGAAUGCAAAAUAAGACUAGAGGAGUUUACACUGCUAAAAUGCAAGAAUGAUGAAUUAUUUGAAAUGAACAAACGACUGACAAAGGACAUGCAGACUAGCAACCAAAGGGAGGAAGCACUGAGGGCCGAAGUGGAUGUGCUAUUCAGAGAGUCAACAUACUUACAAGAGGCUCAGAGCAUGUUACAAAUUGAAAUAUCUAAGAUGCUUGAGGAAAACAAACUGAUAUCUAACAACCUUCAUGACUUGGAAGAGGAGAACAAUGUUAUCCUUUCAGAGUUUAUGGCCUUGGACUGCCUCUUUGUGAUGUUUAAGAGUAUUGAUUCAGAGAGAUUGUUUGAACUACAGCUACUAAGUAAUGAAAGAGAAUAUCUUAACAAGGUGAAGAACAAGCUUGAACAGGAGAUCAGAUCAAUCAAUGGAAAAAUAUUAGUGCUGGAAGUUGAAAACACACAUCUCAAAAAAUCAUUUGCUAGCUUAAAUGAAUGCAGAAGUUUGCUAAUGAACAAUUCGAGAAGUAUCUGCAAACGACUUAACCUACAAACAAAGACAAGUGAUUGCUUGUCACAGAAAAAGCAGAGCCUAAAAAGAGCACAAGAUGUGAACCCACAAAUUUGUAAGAAACCUAUUGAUCUUAUGUUGGAUAUUAACGAAACUAAGGCCAGAGAAGAAAUAGAGAACAAGAUUUCCAUCUUGCUGGAUGACUCUGCUUGUAAGGAAAAUCAGAUUGAGUGUUGUUGUCAAGAAAAUGAGGUGUUGAAAUAUGAAGUUAGUACGCUGCAUAAAGAUCUCGAGGAGCUCAGAAGCAGAAAUGAAAAUUUGACUUCUGAAGUGUGGAAAAAAAUGGAUGAGCUCAAAUCCUCCGAUGUAGUAAUUACAUCAUUAUUGCAAGACAUUCAGUUUGAAACAAUCAAUGCAGCAGUGUUUAAAGAAAAGGUACUUGAGUUGAUAAAAAUAUGUGAGAACCUUGAGAGUCAUGGCAUAACACAAAGGGAAGUUCUACAAAAGGAAAUCACACCAAGAAAGUUUACCGUCAAUGAGUCAGGGAAAAAUAUUUAUGUCCUUGAAGAAGAAAACAGAGGACUGAGGGCUGACUUGAAUGAAUAUGCAAUCUAUUUGGCAUCUUUGUGUGACGAUAUUGCUCUCCUAGAAGAGCUUACCCUUUCCCUUGCAAGGCGCCAUUCAACAUCAAUCAAUCAGGAAAUUGAGGAUGAUCAGGUUGAUCCUUUUCCUAGCACCACAAACAAUGAAGAAACAUCCCAAGAUUAUAAUGCGAUAAAACCUACAGGACUUUUAAGACUAAAAUGUUUGCACAACAAGGUUAAAGUGCUCCAGGAGGUGAUGAUGAAUACUGGAAGUAUUCUGGAGCUGGAACGAUUUGAUUCAGAUGCUAGUUUGGAGGCUGCAUGGAAAGAAAUUGAAGGCUUAAAAUUGAAGGGGAACCCGCACAACCGGACCACUAAAUCAAAGUAUGAACAGAUAUUGAAAGAUAUACAACUUGAUAUUGUUUUGAAUUCUUCAUCAUAUGAGAAUGGUGAGCCUAGAGAAACUGAUGAAACCAUGGAUCGGAUGCUUCAACUGUGGGGAGCUGCUGAAGGGUACGACAGCUGGAAGAAGAAAAGUCCCAUGAUAACUGAGAACAGUACGACAGAUUACCAGAUCGAAGAUAAUGAGAGUGAGUACACUUCAGGUGAACUGGAAGCUGAGAAAGAAUUGGAUGUUGACAAGCUAGAGCUACCCAAAAAAGCUGCAACCCACCAGGAAUGGAACAAAAUGGUCAUAGAAAGACUUUUUUCUGAUGCUCAGAGGUUGGUGAUUCUCGAAGCAAGCUUACAUGAACUACAGAGGAAUAUGGAAAGAUCUCUAAAGGUCAGCAGCCUGACUAGAUCCGAGUUCAAUGCCAUCAACAUACAGUUGAAGGAGGCUGAGGGAUCCAUAAUACAGCUCAUUGAAGUGAAUAGUAAGUUGGCAAGCAAAGUGGAAAGCUUAUCUACAUCCCUUCGAGAUGAAACCAUGGAAAAAGACAUUGGGAGCAAAAGACAGAAGCAAAUUUCCGAUUGGGCUAGGAAGGUGUCUGAGAAAAUUGGAAGGCUGGAACUGGAAAUGCCAAACAUUCAAUACAGGUUGCUGAAAUUUGAGGAAGAUCAUGCGAGCAAGAGAGCAAAAAAAGUUGCUAAAAGAAGAUCAGCGAUUCGUCUGAGAGAAUAUAUCUAUGGAAGGAAAAACAGCCGAAGACAGAAAGAAGGCUCUUCUUGUGGGUGUAUGACGGCAACAACUAGUGACUGACUACUAUCUCUCAUGCUGCUUUUAUCAGUUUAUAUGCUGCAUGAUGUAAAUUAUGUUUUAUGAUGGCUUUAGAUACAAUGUCUUAUCGGUGAUGAUCGACUAAUUUAUCAAGAGGUUGUAUAUGGUAGGCCUAAUCUGCAUGCAUUACUUGGCUGUUGCUUUGUUAUGUAACUUGCAUGAACAGUCCACUUGCUAAGUCUCAUUUUCAUUGGAUAUUAUUUGCAGGCUGUUGCUAAUUUUGUUAUGUUGUCAUAGUUGUUUGCAAUAAUUGCUUUCUAAAACUUCUUCUAAUCUUGUUUCA